UGGGAACAUGGCGGAGUGAGGGAGUAAGGAGGCGAGCUGUCCAGCCUCUCUGCUCAUGUGAAGCACCUGGAGAAUUCCCCACUCACUCAUCAGACCCCGGGGGCUAAACUCUUCGUUGCUGGUGGUCGCCGGGCUGAAGCUGAAGUUGGAAGGAAGAGGAAAAAUGAGCGCAACAGGUAAAGAAGCUCUGUGUCAGCAGCGAAACCUGCAGAAAUAACAUAUUGAGGAGCAGCUGUUAAUUGCGGUUUUUACAGCGAUCGUGGGGCUCUUUUUAACAAUAAAGGUUUUCAGAAAUCUCUUCUGGGCUUGCCUGAGGAUCGAAUCUUGUAUUCUGGUGUCGCCAUUAUCCCAGGGAGUUUUGAUCAUCAGGGGUGCCCACUUAUUAUAUUCCCCAGAGCGCAGCAUAGCAAGCUAAUGUCGGAUUUAACGCACAGUGACAUUGUUGAACUUCUCAAAUAUUUUCUCCAUCAUCUUCGUGAAUCACAAACCACAAAUUGUCUAGUAUCAAUUAUAACUGAUCUUCGAUGUGCCAAGUUGGAUGUUGCCUCCAUCAUUAUAAAUAGUUUGCUGGAAAUUCAGCACCAGAUUGGAAGAAUAUUCAACACUUUAUAUGCUCUCCAGCCACAGACAAAAGGAAUUAGAAAAUGCAUUUUGAAGUCUUUGGGCCUAAGCCAUAGCAAGGUGCUUUCAGAGCCACCAUUCAAGUGUGUGCUUCUUAAUGAAGUCUUUGAGUUGUACAACUACAUUGAUAGAAGUCAGUUGACCUCUGACCUUGGAGGAUAUUUGAUUUAUCAACAUGAAGCAUGGGUCCAGUUCAGGAAGGCGAUUGAUGGCUUCACACAUGAAUAUUAUACCUUGAUCCAGAGAUUUCCUCGCUGUCUUGCUGGUCUCCAGCAGCUGUCUCUCCAGUCAUGGCCAACAGAAGCAGAAGAAUUUGAACAGUUCUCCUACCAAGUCAUGGAGCUUCACACAGCAUGGAGGAGGGAUCUGGGAAUCGAUGACCUGUUGAGAAGUUGUGAGGGGAUCUUGGAGAAGCUCACUGAUCCGAAAUCCGACCCCUGCUUUUCGGCCAUGGCUGGGACUGCCCAGUUUUGGCAGACGUUUGGGGACCUUCAUGAAAAGAAUGAAAGGAUAAGAGCUGCUGUGCAGAAAGUGGAGUUACAGUGGCAACAGGCUCUUGCCAGAGCUCAGCUUUUGCAGAAGGACCUUCAGUGUAGGGAAAAGGCUGAGCAGAUUAUUGAUUUGAUCACCCAUGAAGGAAUGGGGAAGAUCCAAUCAUACAAAUUAGAAAUUGCAAGUAAUUUGAGCCAAGCAGAGAUUCUAAAACUGGAUUAUGAUGUUGCCAUUUAUAAUCCUGCAAUGAAGUUGAUCACCGAAUCUGAGAGAGUGCUGCAGGAUCUUGAUGUAAUAACCAAAGAAAGACCUGGAGGAAAAGAGGAGGAUUGUAAAGAGAAACUGAACAAAUUAAAAGAUAUGUUCCACAUAGCUGUAGAGCUGCCCCACCAAACCUUAAAAGCAGUUUAUGAUUUCUACUACAUUUUUGAAAAAGUUGCUGGCUGGUAUAAUUUAUUGCUGCAAGAAGUAUUUUUUAAGGAGGCAGUAGAUACCCAUGAUGCACAAAUGUUGGCGAUGCCUCAAGAAGCAACAAUCUGCCUUAAAUCAAGCUGGCAGAACGAGGUUAAUCAUUUCCUGAAAAAAGCUCCUGUUCCAGCCAUUGAAGAAUUGGUACAACUCAGGGAUUUGGCUGAUUACAUUCCAGAUACGCUGCUGAGGAGAAGGGGAAAACUAGUAGCCCAUCAGUGCUUCGUUGUAAUAAAGCUGUUGACUUCUCUUGGGAAAGUAUUCCUGAUUGACCUCGAACAAGCAAUUCACUGGCAAGAAAUGUACUUAGAGAGACUGCAAAAUGCAAUGGAUCAUCCUGCAAAUUCAUCUGUUGAUACCAAGAUCAGUGCAAGUGCUGAUAAAGCACUGAAAACUGUCAGCGAUGUACAUGCUACUCAAGAACAGUUCAUUGAAAGCAAUUUGCAGGAAGCAAAACAAAAAAAUGGCUCUGAACCAGGCGUAUCCUCCAUGGAAAAGCGCUCUCAUGCAAAUGAGACAAUUGAACAGAAUAGGGAUAAUCUUGACUGUGACCAUUUGCAACUAACAACUUUUCUAUCCACCUCUCAAUCUGUUCUUGUUCAAGCCGACCAAAACGACAGGGUAUUAACCAAAAAAAACCCAUCUUUAACUUCUUUUGACUCUGGAAUUGACGGGGCUGGGAGUUGCAAUUUAGAGACUGGAAACAUAAAAUUCAAGUCUGAAGUAGCCAAUAGGGACUGCGGGGUAAAAGCAGUCUCAAAGUUAUCAUUUAAAACUAAAGCAGCAAAACAAAAUGAAGUGGAUAAAGUUUGUACGACUGAGUCGAAUGAAUGGCUGAGGUUUGAACAAUUUGGAUUUGGUGAUCUCAAGUCCAUAUCAAGUGAAGUACAGCCCCUUUCAGGGUCUAAUACAAAGGCUUUAAACUUUGAGAUAAAAGUGAGCCGUUCAGCGAGUUUACCUAAGAAUCCUUGGAUUGGUCUACCUAUUGAGAAUCUUGAACAAUCUUAUAUGGUCACAAUCACCCCCAAACAACCAACGUUGGAAACCCAUCUCAAACAUAAAAAAGCUGGAAGCUGUAAUGCAGUGCGUCAAAUUGAAGGAAGAAAUGCAGACCAGCUUACGGUUAUGGUUCCAGGACAGAACAUCUUUGGGGCAACCUCAGUCCGGGUGAAAUCUCCAGAAAAGGAACGACGUUUAAUUUUGGAGGACUUUGAUCUGCCAUCUGUCGAAAAAAUUGAAUGCGCACAGUUCAACAAGGACCAGUGUUUGAAUUCUACCGAACAAUUUGAUGAAGACAUUGGAAGGGAGAUCCCAGCAACUCUGUACAACAAUCAGGAACUUUGUGGACCCAAAAUGUUACUGGAAGGGAGUAAAAAUGCAAGAGAUCAUGCUGCAUUACAGCUGUGUGACAGGGACAUGAAGGAUCAGGAGAAGCUGCAGGACGAUAUCGAGAAUCUUCUGUUGAGGACAGCAAAGAUUUUAAAGGAAGAAGAGGAUGUGCUUAGACAAGAAGAAGAGCUAGAGUUUCUUUUACAGUUGGAAGACAGCAAGUGCUAUGAUACUGAAGUGAACAGCACAGCCUCUGGCUUGCACAAUGAGAAGGUCACAAUGUCCCUGAGUGAACUUUCAGAAGCUGGAGUGAUUGGAUUAGAAGACUAUGAAUGGUCUGAAAGGGAACAGCAGGAAUGUAAUUGUAGUUGCAACCAUUCUCAGUUGUCUUGUGAUAUCGAGAGCAUGCAACAGGAAAGAAGCUUUGGUUCUGACUGUGGCUUUUAUACAAUAAAUUGUAACACUACUACUGCUACGCUAGGGACAAACUGGGGUGUACACAAUAAUCCCAGGUUACUGCAAGAAUUGAAAGAAUUAAAUCAAAUUGAGGACAGAAUUCUGGAAGAGAACUUGAAGAUAAGAGAGUUGUGUUCCUCUGAGGAAGAGCAGAAUGCUCCGGUACAAGUCUUGGGCAAGUCAAAGCCGAGCGAAGAUAGAAUCAAGUUUUUAGCUGAGCUGGAGAAGGAAAGAAAGGAAGUUGAGAAAAUGGAGCAGAGUCUUGCUCGAGAAGAAAAAAUGGAGCACAAGAAUGUAAAGAAGCUGCCACAAAUAUCUUCUAAGACAGGAUGUAGUAAUCCAAAGAGCAGAAAAGUAAAAUUGUCUGCACGAGUUUUGAGUUCUCAUUCAAAGUAUAGCCAAAGAGCUGAAACAAAAAGCCAACCUGGGUUUCCAGCUGCACAUGUAAAGUCUAAUGAACUAAGGUCCCCUGCAAAUGGUUUCAAUUCCGCCUCUAGUCAGGACCGAUCUUGCAACAAGCGUAUCCCAGACAAACCACCUUCACAUGUAAACGGAGUAUGUAGCUUUAAAAAAAAGGCCACCAAAGAAGUAUGUCCCAAUAAAGAUCAAGACCAAGUGCUUGGUCAAGUUAUAAAUACUGCUAUUGCUGUGAAUGAAGAAAAUGACCCAACAGGUUCAAAAGAUGACCAAACAUCUAUUACUGAUCUAGAUAAUGAAAUUCCUGAACAGAUUUUUUACUCCUCCAAGAAGGAAACAAUUGAAGAAAAUAAAAUUUUUACCUCUGGCUAUCAAAGUCAAAAAGACCUAACUGAGCAAACCAAAGAAAAGCCAAUACCAGCACUUCGUACCAGUGUACCUGUAAAAGUGGAAAAUAGUCUGACAUCUGCAUGCUCUGACCACUUCUGCACUGAACCUCUUGUAGAUGUUGUAACAAAAAGUGUCAAGAAAGAGCAGUUGAGAGUUCCAGUGCCCCAAAACUGUGUCAAAACCAAAAGUUGCCCAAAACUGUUUUUGGAAAAUCCUAGUGCUGUAAGGAAACCUUGUGAACAGCAAGAGUUUUUAGAGUCUUUAGAGAACUGUCCAGUUUCAAAGGAAUCCAUCAUCAUUAAUGCAAUUCUUGAAACAAAUUCACAGACAGGGAACAAGAAUAAAUCGGAAGAUGUCAAAAAGGACCAUGCGAGCAAAAUCUCUUCUAAUUUGUCUGAACACUCAACAAACGUGCAUAACAGUCAAGUCAAGUAUGAGAAAGGUGGUUCUAUCAUGGAAACAAGCUCUUUAGUAAACUCUGAGAGUGAAGAAAUGUGUCUUGAACAAAAAGAUUCCAAGUUGGUUGUAAAGUCAAAUCCAUAUGUUGAAAGUAAAUGUGAUGCACAAGGCACUCCCUUAUUUAAUGAAGCAAUACUGGAAAGUAGUGCAAUUAUUAGCAGCAAUGUAGAAUCAAGAGAGGAUUACACAUUUGAGAUGUUGCAAUCUGAUGAAUCCAGAAGCACUGAGACACAGAAGGAUUCUUUACAGAUCAUCAAUAUUGCAAGCCAGAUACACGAUCAUUCAAAACAAGAGUUGAAUGCUGUAUUUGAAGAUUGUCAUGUAAACGUGUCUGUGGGAUGUAAUCCACCAAUCAAUGGUCAUGUUUUUCAAGUAUCUGUUAUGAAGGUUUGUGACUAUAACAUACCAGUUGUGUUGGACACAGGCUCUGGUCUGAUGAAAGCUGGCUUUGCAAAUCAGGACCUACCAACGACUAUAUUUCCAACGGUAAUUGGACAACCUAAAUAUGAGAGAGUUUGUAAUGGGAGGAAUCAAAAAGAUGUUUACAUUGGGCACGAUGCUCAACAUAUGCGAGGUGUUCUUUCCUUGCACUACCCACUGGAACAUGGCGUUGUGACAAACUGGGAUGAAAUAGAAAAGAUCUGGCAUCAUACAUUUUAUCACCAGCUCCGCAUUGAGCCUGAAGAUCAUCCAGUUUUCCUGACAGAGGCAGCCAUGAACCCACACCGGAACCGAGAGCGAAUGGUUGAGAUCAUGUUUGAAGUUUUUAAUGUGCCUUUUACUUAUGUGGCAAUUCAAGCUGUCUUAGCACUUUUCUCUUCUGGGAGAACAACAGGUAUAACCUUGGACUCUGGAGAUGGAGUGACACACACUGUACCAGUCUAUGAAGGGUACAGUCUGCCUCAUGCCAUACAACGCCUAAAUCUGGCUGGCCGAGAUCUCACAGAAUAUUUUGGAAAGCUGUUGAAAGAAAGGGGUUAUUCAUUUAAUACUUCAGCAGAACAGGAAAUUGUCCGAGAUAUCAAAGAGAAGCACUGUUAUGUUGCCGAAGACUAUGAAAGAGAAGUGGGGCACUUGGGAAAUUGUGGCGAACUAAACUACAGAUUGCCUGAUGGACAAAUAAUUACAAUAGGCAACGAGAGGGUCAGAGCUCCAGAGCUUUUGUUUAAACCAGAGGUGAUCGGAAGAGAUCACUAUGGAAUUCAUGAGAGUCUUCUCCGCGCCAUUAUUCUCUGUGAUGUGGACCUGAGACAAACCUUUGUUGGAAAUAUUGUUCUCUCAGGAGGAAACACACUGCUGACUGGAUUAGGAGCAAGAGUACAAAAAGAAAUCUCUUCCAUGUUGCCCCUGGACCUGUCUAAGUAUGUACACAUUUCAAGCCCAGCAAACCGGGACUUCACAGUGUGGAGUGGGGGUGCUGCCCUGGCAAGUUCAUCUGUCAUUGACCAUGCCUGGAUCAGCCGAGAAGACUAUUAUGAAUUUGGUCCAAAAAUUGUUCAUAGGAAGUGCUUUUAAAUUACACUCCUGGAUAAAGUUUUUUAAAACUUUAUUUUAUUAAUCAUAAAUGCAGUAAUGAUGUAACCCCAGUGUUAAUUGAAAGCAAUAUUCCCAAAUAAGGCCUAUACUUCUUUAUAGCAGGGACUUUUCUAUUUUAACUUCUGGUCAGUUAUGUUAUGACCAGAACAAUAAUUUUUUACCUAGUCCUUCUUUGCAAGGGGUAAUAUAAAUGUUGAUGUUCCAAUGCCUGAAGCUUACUGUUGGAUGUUUGUUACUGGAAGUUCUAUUCCCACUAUAUAUUGCAGAUAGAGGGAAAAAAAUGCUGCAUCCUAACAAUACUGUACAUUUAAGCACUCGCCUCAGUAGGAGGAUGUGGUUAUAAUGUUGAUCCUUCAAUUUGUUAAUUUUGUAUUUGUGGAUGGGGGCAAAGGAACAGGGGAAGCUGCUAAAUUUGGAACUGUUGACGUUAUCUGUGUUAAGUGAAGAGAUGGAAGCAGAGGAAAAUUAAAUAUGUUAAACAAAUUUGGACUGCCAUCCAAAAGGAGAUGAGUUGCUGGAACAUUAAAUUGCAAGCUACUCAUCUGACUCAUUGUAAGGGCAAAGGAGAGACUUGCUAUUAACUGAACUAAAUAUCUUCAAGAAUUUUGAAGGAAUAUUUAGUGAAUAAAAAGAAAUGCAUCUUUUGAGCAUUCUGUUUCUACAUUGAAAGGAAAUUGAGCUGUUAUGAGUAGUAAACAAUUUUUGUUUACUUGAAUACAUAGUGUUGUCUAUUAAAACUUGUCCCAGAUUUUAAGUAUGACAAACAAUUUUGAAAUAUUUUCUGCCCUAAUUAUGUAUCAUUGUCAGAGAUACAGUUACUGGUUAACUUAGGAGUAUUGAGAAAGUGCCAUGAAUUCAGUUCUGUGCAAAAGACUGGUUCUCUCUUCGAGGCCAGUCAUAUGUAAAAACAUUU